AUGAAAAGCAAAAUCCAUUUCUAUCCUGAUGGAGACAUUAUCAUCAUCGUGGAUUUAACAGAGUUUUGUGUUCAUAAGAAUGUUUUAUGUCUUGCUUCAACCGUAUUUAAAGAAAUGAUCAUCAACGCGAGUCAAACUUCAAUCAAUGAUCAAAGGAUAAUGGAAAUCGCUCUUAACAACGAAUCAGCAAAGGAUUUUGAAGAUGCUUUAUCAUUUAUUUAUCCUUCCGUCUAUAUUACCAUUAACUGGUCUAAUAUCGUUGAAAUGUUUAGAAUUUCUGAAAAGUUUAAAAUGGAAGUCAUUUUUAUGUCCGCGACGACAUUCGCGAUGGAGAAAUUUCAGGAGAGUCCUCUACUAUUCCUAUCCUUAUCUGAAAAGUAUGGGCUCAAAAAAUUAUUCAAGGAAGCAUCUAAAUUGGUCAUUGACGAUUUUAUCGAAUUCAAGGAGGAUCCUGCUUUUCAAACAUUGUCAAAUGAAACGAUAUUAGCACUUUAUAAGAAACAUCAUGAAUAUGUUCUUAACCUACAUCAUCUUGAUGUGGAAGACCUUAAGUGCAAUUAUACACCAAAAAUUAGAUGUGAUUGUGUCACGGGUGAGACGGAUAAAUUGUUUAAAAGGUUGAGGAAGAUUAAAAGAUUUGAAACGCCAACACCAUCAAAAACCUAUCAAAUACUUUGUACCAUCAGUGAUCAUGAAUCAAACGGUUAUAGUUGUAUAAGAAAUUUUUUCAAUGAACAUCUUCCAAAUAGAUUUAAAGAAAUAUUUGGUACAGUGGAACCAUUGGAUUCGGACAGGAGAAAUGAUAAAGCCAACCGAUAUCUCUUUAUUGAAUUGGGAGGAUGA